UGCGAACCCUUGUAUGAAACGUCUCGCACUCAUCGAUCGCCGGAGCGACAUCACACUCGCUGCCGAUGGUGUAUCCGUCACGCAGAAUCUUUCCGAAAUAGUUCUCUACCGACUACUCCAUCAACCUUCUUCUCUAUGACCUCCCAUGCAGACCCUGCAUCAUCGAUGAGUGAUUCAGAGUCCCAGAUGCAUUUAAAAUUUAUGGGUGAGGCUGUGGCCAUGGCCCAAGUCGCUCUUGAAAAUUCAGAGACACCAGUCGGAUGCGUCCUAGUCUAUCAAGAGCAAGUAAUCGGUCGAGGUAUGAAUGAUACCAACCGCUCAUUCAAUGGCACUCGACACGCCGAGUUUAUGGCUAUAAAUCAAGUUCUAACCCAAAUGCAACUCUGUAAUGAAGAUGCAGACUCGAUGAACAGAAGUAGGUUAGAGACAAAUCAAAUUGAGGGAAAUGGUGAUGUUAAAGAUCAAAUCUCGGCUAAGAGGAAAUACUCUCCAGAAAUCUUGUCACAAUGUACUCUCUACGUAACUGUUGAGCCUUGCAUUAUGUGCGCUAGUCUAUUACGCCAGUUUGGAAUUUGGCGUGUGUUUUUUGGCGCAUGGAACGACAAGUUUGGGGGAACUGGAAGCGUACUCCGUAUUCAUAAGAGUAACGGUGCUGUCAUAAAGGAAAUAGAAGUUGGAAUAGACAGAAAUUAUGAUUUCGAAGUCAGUGGUGGUUGGAUGCGGGAAGAAGCUAUUCUUCUAUUGAGGCGAUUCUAUGUCCAAGAAAACAACAGAGCCCCUGAACCGAGAGACAAAGGGAAGAGAGUUAUUAAUUUGGUGGUUGAAAAAAUUGAGACAGUCGAAUAUUCAAUAGAGCGCCCACCCAAUAUGAGUUCCUGA